CCCCGCCUCCAGCUGUCAGGGUGCACAGCACUUCUCUUCAGGGUGGCCAGGCCAGGUCACAAGUUUCCAAGAACGGCCCCUGUGCAAUCUCACACUCGCGACAUGGAGGGCGGUUCCUAAACCCGGGAGACGGAGGCUCGAAACUCAGUUUAACCGUGUCAAAGUUCCUGGGAGCUGCCGCCCUGUGAAACCCAACAGGUGAAAUGACGAACCAUACCCUGCAACCCAACGGCAUGCAGAGUCUCCGGAAGGAGCACCUGUACAAGGUGCUGGUCAUCGGAGACCUCGGAGUCGGGAAGACCUCCAUCAUCAGGCGUUACGUUCACCAGACCUUCUCUAGUAACUACAGGGCCACGAUCGGAGUGGAUUUCGCCUUGAAAGUCUUGAACUGGGACUCUGAGACUGUCCGGCUUCAGCUGUGGGACAUUGCAGGUCAGGAACGAUUUGGAAACAUGACGCGGGUGUACUACCGCGAAGCCAUGGGCGCCUUCAUUGUGUUCGAUGUGACUCGGCCAACCACCUUUGAGGCUGUCAUUAAGUGGAAGGAAGACCUGGAUUCGAAAGUAAUGUUGGCUAAUGGACAGAGCAUUGCUACAGUGCUGCUGGCUAAUAAGUGUGAUCAGGGCAGGGAACUGAGCAACAAUGGCAUCAAAAUGGAUCAGUUCUGCAAAGACCAUGGCUUUGUUGGUUGGUUUGAGACAUCAGCAAAGGACAAUCUCAAUAUCAGCGACGCUGCAAACUUCCUGGUCAAGCACAUAAUGGCCACAGAGAAUGACAUCCUAAAGUCUGUGGUGCCAGACACCAUCUCCCCGCAGAUGGACUCCAGCAGACAGAUGAGCUGCUCUGGAUGCUUCAAAUAAUCAAGCAAUGGAAGGAAGGGAGAAAGGAUGAAUGAACGUGUGAGAACAGAGAAAGGACAGGACUUCAAAGGAAAUCCUACACAGUGUGCAGAGUGGAGCAGUACGAAGUCUGUGCGCCAUGAAGUCGAACAUUUAUUUGUUUCUAGUGACCAAAGCUAACACCUCUCUUUUUUUAGAAUGCCUCUGAAUUGUGGUCAAAAUGCAUUUCCAGAGAUUUCUGGUAACACCACUGUCUAAACUAUUUGAAUAAUAUUACAGUAAGCAUAUACAAGAGUAAGUAACAAGUAUAUUCCCUUUAUGAGGAUUAUCUUCUUUCUUCUCACAUAACUUCCUCGCAUUAAUGAGCAAAGCGAUUUAACUGACCCAACAAAGUGUAGGUGCAGUGAAUUCAACAUUUACUUGGACUUAUUGAUAGAUUUGCAGUGUUUUGGUCAAAAAUAACUCAUUACUUUUCUGUUUGCUUUUAAAGAUGUAGUACUCUUGGAGACUGUGUUUCCCUAAUGUUAUUCUAACAAGGCAUAGAGAGGGCUGUGCACCACUGUGAGUGAAGCACACGAGGUAACUCAGUGUUAAUCUGCACAUAUUUUUAUUAUGUUUUUAAGUUAUUUACUGAGUGUUUUAGUGAAUAUUUUAAGGUGCACGUUUGAGUUUGAAGAUACAUCCAAUUAUUUAAGUUUAGACUUUAAGUAAGAACACAGUGUUAUUUAUAGUAACAGUGUGGUUAGGCUGAACCAAUGUGAAUUGAUAAACAUCCUUGAGUUAAGGUUGCUGUAACAUUUAAAGGUUGGUGUGACUUUUCAGACAUAAUGAUUACCAUUUUUAAUCAGAGCUGAAUAAAAAUGUGUGUGUGGUAGGUUGGCAAAACACAUGAAAUUUUUUAAUCUUAAUGUUGUAAACUGAACACACUUCAAUUCGUCCACCAAAACCUCAGUAUCCAUGGUAACAGGAAUCUUUUUAUGGGGUUUGCUCUACCAUCUAUGUAGAGCUGUGUCUCGCUGUGCCGUGCACACAAACACAGACUAAAGAACACAUAAAGACGCUGCAUGUCCUCUCUCCUACUCAGUGGCUUUGUUGUUGUUUCACUGUUUUUUUCCCCAUGCCUUCCUUUUUGAAUUUAAAGGUUAUUUCUGCUUGACAGAGUACUGCUAUUACUAGUCAGCUGAGGGUUCUGCACAAAGCCAACAUUUGGCUUUUACUUCUAAACAUUAGAUUCUAAACUGGUGUCAAGUCUACAUCAAUUAUCGUCUGACCAAAAUAAAAACUAUACACUGUAAUUGCUGGCAUGCCUUUUAAGACUGUUUCCCAACCCUGGUCCUCAAGGCACACUGCCCUGCAUGUUUUAGGUAUUUCCUUGCU